AUGCCGCUCCGCCUUCGUGUCGAUGGAACUGUCUUUCGUGAUGGCCACAAUCGCGAAGUCACUCUGCACGGAAUCAACGUCGCUGGCGAUGCCAAAUACCCCCUAAACCCCGAUCAAUGUUCGCAUAUCAAGGACAAGUUCUUCGAAGGUGAUGACGUCUCCUUCACUGGACGUCCUUUCAGCCUUGAAGAAGCCCACACCCACUUUGACCGCUUGAAGAGAUGGGGAUACAACACAAUUCGCUACAUCUAUACCUGGGAGGCUAUCGAGCAUGCUGGCCCAGGAAAGUACGAUGAAGACUGGAUCCAGCAUACCAUCAAUGUCUUGCGCCUGGCCAAGAAGUACGGCUUCUACGUCUUCAUGGACCCUCAUCAAGAUGUUUGGUCCAGAUUUACAGGUGGCUCGGGUGCCCCUAUGUGGACUAUCUAUGCUUGCGGUCUGAACCCGCAGGCUUUCCUCGCUACACAAGCUGCUUUCGUUCAAAACACAUGGCCGAACCCUGCCGAAUUCCCCAAGAUGGUUUGGGCCACCAACUACCAACGUCUCGCCUGUCAGACCAUUCUCACCCUCUUCUUUGCUGGCAAAGAAUUCGCCCCCAAGGCCGUGCUGGAUGGCAUGAACAUUCAAGACUAUCUCCAAGGACACUUCCUAGGCGCUAACAAGAUCCUGGCUCAACGCAUCAAGGAAGCAGGCGACCUUGAGAACGACGUCGUCAUCGGAUGGGAAAGCAUGAACGAGCCAAACAAAGGCUACAUCGGCUGGGAAGAUUUAUCGAGAUGGCCAGCAGACCAGAACUUGAAAAAGGGUCCUACACCGACGGCCUUCCAGUCUAUGCUUACUGGUCUCGGCAGGGCUGUGGAGCAGGACACAUUUGAUUUCGGCAACCUAGGUCCUUACAAAUCUGGCAGCGAGCUCGUAGAUCCCAAAGGAGAGAUUGCUUGGCUACCAGCAGAUUAUGAUGAUUCGCGGUACGGCUGGAAAAGAGACCCCGGUUGGAAGUUGGGCGAGUGCCUCUGGGCUCAGCACGGCGUCUGGGAUCCUCAGAACGACAAGCUGUUAAAGAAAGAUUACUUCUUGAGGGUGCCUGUCUCAGGUGAGACAAUCACACACGAGUACUACACCAACAACUUCUGGUUGAAUCACUAUCGCGCCUACAGAGACACGAUCAGAGGUAUCUUCCCUGACACAAUCAUGUUCUGCCAGUCGUCGCCUUUUGAGGUCCCACCUUCCAUCAAAGGCACGAAGGAUGAUGACCCGCAGACUGUCUUUGCUCCUCACUUCUAUGAUGGUAUCACCCUCAUAACAAAGAAAUGGAACCGGUUCUGGAACGUUGACGUGGUUGGUAUCAUGCGCGGCAAAUACUUGAGCCCUGCUUUCGCGGUCAAGAUUGGUGAAACUGCCAUCAGAAACUGCUUCCGCGACCAACUCAAGUAUCUGCGUGAAGAAGCCGAGGAGAAGAUGGGUCCUCGUCCGACUGUCUUCACAGAGAUUGGUAUUCCGUACGACAUGGACGACAAAUACGCUUACAAGACUGGCAACUAUACCAGCCAAACGCUCGCAAUGGACGCAAAUCACUACGCUCUUGAAGGUGCCGGUGUAGCCGGCUUCACGCUCUGGACGUAUGUUCCCUCAAACAGCCACUACUGGGGUGACAACUGGAAUGGCGAGGAUCUGUCCAUCUACUCUGUGGACGAUAAGCAAUUACCAACAUCUCUUGAGGUAGACAAUGCGACAUUGAACCCAGAGUCACCAUCAUAUUCAGAAGGUAGAGCAUCCGGGGACACAUCAAUCAACCCAUCAAUACUGAAGAGGACAUUAUCUGUAGAUCGAAUGAACGCCUCGAAAACACCUGGAAUCGAUUCUGAUGGCGUGGGGAUGCGUGCAGCCGAAGCUUAUGUGCGACCGACUCAGACAGCGACACACGGACGUGUUGUGUCUUAUGGGUUCGACCUCAAGAACUGUGUUUUCCAACUAACGCUCUCUGCGCCCAGCUCAACAUCGGAGGAUGCACCUACCGAGGUGUUCUUGCCCGAGUAUCACUUCCCGCAGGGUAAGACUGAGGUUGAAGUGCUCGGAGGAAAGUGGAAGAUCAGCGUGGAUGAGACAGAGGGUGCAUCACAGCAAGUGCUGAGGUGGUGGCAUGCAGCAGGCGAGCAAAAGUUGACUGUCAGGGGUCUCAAAAGAAGGCAAGGCACAGCGAUCGGAUCAGAAGCAGACGCGGGAUAUCUGGAUCAGUGCAAGGAGACGGGCAAGGCGUGCAUAAUGAUGUAG